GUUAUUAUCCUUUAUCUCAAUCUGAUGUUUAUUGGAGGAACAAUCUUGUCGGUUAUUUUUUCUCUUGUCUUUUUCAUGUGAAGCUAUACUGAAAAAAACUCAAGAUUUUCCAAGCAGGAAGAAAAAGAACUACCUUCGUGGAUGGCAUUUGAAGAAAAAUCCUAUUUUGAUAUCAUCUUGUGAUGAGUUACAAAUGUAUGCAGAAGUUUCUUAUAAUACCUGUCUUCCUGAUAUUCAAUGCUGUCUCUAUGGUGAUGAUGUACCACUGGAAGUUGAGUCUUAUCCAUGGAAUCUUGCUAAUGAUAUAGGACUAAUCAGUAUUGAAGUUGAUGAAUUGUUUAUAUCCGGCAUUAUAUUGUGGAAAUCAUAGACCUUGAUUUUCAUAAGUACAGGUGCAAUAAGGGUAUUGAUGGCCAGUUUCGGUUUGUAAGAGAAGAAUGAGCAGGGCUAUCAAGCGUCCUAUAUUUCAUCUGUGAACUUUGCCAUAUAGUGAAGCUGAUAAGUACAGAUGUAGAGACUGAUCAAUAAACCUAGUGUUGAACAUGUAGGAAAGAUUCACCUAGAUCAGGAGCUCCCAAACUUUGUCAACUGGUGGACCCCUUCAACUUCUUUAAUUUAUUGGCAGACCACCUCCUGUUAAAAAUAGUUUUUAUCAUGUUUUCUCAGGGGGCUGUAGACCACAGUUUGGGAAUCUCUGACCUAGAUAUCAACAAUACUGCUGUCUGGAGCAUCAUUAGUACUAGAGGUGGUUAUUCACAACUAGAAGAAAUGAUGUCAUUGCUUAGUGUCCCAGUUAUGUGUUCUCAGAUGUAUUUCAAGAGUGGAGAAAAAAUAAGAAAGGGCUACCUUUUGAUUGGAUAUUACUAUACUGGAACUCAAGAUUAUGACAUAAAGUGGACUAUGCCUCAUUGUGUUCUAACAUUACGCUUAAUUGGGGUAUCAUAUGAUGUUUAUGAUGGAAGAAAAGAAAUGGACAAACUCACACAAGAUCAGAAGAAAUCUGCACUUGGGAAUAUUCCUUCUCUGCUUGAGAUAGGAGGGCACACAUAUUUUUUUGGUGGAUUCUUAGUUGGUCCACAAUUUUCCAUGAAAAGAUAUCUGAAUUUUGUCAGUGGUGUGUUUGCAGGUAGAGGAAAAGUGAAAAAGCCAGAAUGCAUCCUACCUGCUUUGUCUCGUCUGGCUCUUGGAAUGGUUGUUCUUGGAGUAUUUCAGAUAGGAACGUUAUUCAUUCCAGAACAUUACAUACUUAGCUCUUUCUUUGAGCAUGAAACUUUCUGGAAAAAAAUAUUUAUAAUGACAUUGUGGGGGAAGAUAGUGCUUUACAAAUACAUAGCCUGCUGGCUUCUUUCUGAAGGUAGCUGUAUUAUGGCUGGGUUAACAUAUAAUGGACAAGAUGAACAAGGUAAUGACCUGUGGGAUGGCUGUUGCAAUGUAAAAUUGUGGGAGUAUGAGAAGACCUCUAACUUUGAUGGAGUGAUUAAAUCAUUUAAUAUUAACACCAAUCUUUGGGUUGCUCAAUAUAUUUUCAAACGUUUGAAAUUCCUUGGAAACAAGCUACUCUCACAGGCAGCUACUUUGUUGUUCUUGGCACUGUGGCAUGGACUCCACUCUGGCUACUAUGUAUGCUUUUUUAACGAGUUUAUGGUCAUGAAGAUGGAGAAAGAUGUGUCUUCCUUAGUAGACAGGAUACCAACUAUAAAAGCAGUUUUGAGCUCAGGUGCCUUCCAGAUUCCAUUAUAUCUUUUAAAGAAGUGUUAUGUGCUCUUUGGCAUGAGCUAUUGUGUAGCACCCUUUGUUCUUUUAUCUGCUUCCAGGUGGUUAAAGGUGUACUCUUCUCUUUACUAUGUGUGCCACAUAAUUUAUCUAGGUUGGCCUGUAGUCUACUUUAUCAUCAAGAAAAUGGGAUUGGUUUCAAAAGAAGUAUCAAAUAGGUCAAAGAGUGAUUAGAUACACAAUGAAUAAACUUUCUUUGAUGAGCAAAGUUUUUGUAUGAAAUCAUUACUGUUUUUUUAGUACUUAAUGUUAGUGUCCAUUUUUUCAGGUACAUUUUGUAAGUGACAUACAACUUGACCCAAACUUUUGAAAAAAAAGAAGCCAUAGAAUUGAAUUAUUUUAUUUGUAAUUUAAAAAUCAUUUUAUUUAGUUCAUAAUGAAUUUAUUGUUAGUUUGUAUUUUUUACUACAGCUAGAGUAUCAAAGACUACCUAAAAAUUAUCAUCAAACAAAUAAAGAAAGCUCAAAAUGGUCAAACAAGCAGUAAUUAUUGUACAUUUUAAACAUAAAUCCUAUUUUUAAUUUUAAAGAAAGCUGUAAUUUGUUGUUGUAUGCAUAUGUACAAAAUUAUAGUAGGAUAAAAUCAUGGUAUGUACAAAUAAUUUACUGAGCUUAAACAUGUUAAAAACUACGAGUUCAAUAUGAUACUGAAAAUUGAUAGAUUGAAAUUGAAAAAAAUCCCUCUUAAAUUCUUAUUUACUACCUGUCAUGAUUAGGAAAAAAAGAUGUAAUAGGUACUUUACCUUUUUAACUUCAAAUAAUGUUUGCUAAGUCAUGAACCUACAAACUAAUUAGAUGAUUUGUUUUACAUAAAAACCAUUAAUGUGUGUUCGUAUUUAUAUUGAAAUCAUUUGAUUUUCAUAAAGAACAUUUAACAAAUUGGAAAUAAUAGUGUUUGCAGAGAGGUAUGGUGUUACUGAGAAAAGUUACAAGUUUUCAUUUGUUAAUGUUUUUAGUUUAUAUUGUGGGUUAGUAGUAGUAAUAAGGUUGUGAUUAUUGUUGUAGGUUUUUACCCCACUCUUUUCAUAUUGAACAUUAUACUCUAUACAUAAACAUGCUUCAAAAUAUAACAUUAUUAGUUUGUUAUCUGGGAACACUGCAGACAUUACUGUAACAAAUAGAUAUACAAAUAUCUCCAUAAUGGUGUGAUGGUUUAGCAUGAAUUUCAGAUUAUAACUUAAAAUAUCAUAGAUUUGUUUGCAUUUUCUUUUUGUAAUUUUUUCUUGAUAUAUUCAACCCCUCCAGACCUGGCUCUUUUCGUGCAUGUCACGACCUUUUACAGUGAUACAUUCAAAACAACUUUAUUAUCAAUAUAUUUCAAUAAGUCUAGCAUUAAAAUGUAGUUUAUAAUUCAUAUUUUAUAUUACUUAAAUUUUAACUUCUUAAUUUCAAAAAUAUUUAAAAAAUUCUCAAUCUUCAUUUUUUAUAUCAUAUGAUGCUUCUGAGUUCCAAUUUCUCCACUCAGAACUUUCUAAUUUCUAAAACUGUAAACAAUACAAACAAGAAUCUAAAAUUUUAACCUGCUAUCUUCUUGGUUUGCUGAGAUAUUAAUAAAUUUGUCAAACUUCCCUUCUGUUCCAUCUCUGGCCUUUUAGAUUGUGUGUUAAUCAACUUUUCUUUGCUGAUGGACAUGUUUAUACACAAUAAAAAGGAGCAUAUUCUCUUCUACGUAAAUCUUGUGCGUUGCAUUUAGUUUUUGUGCUGUAAACCAUUAGUCAGCAGAAUUGUUUGGUUUGUGGUGAUAAUAUUUUGCUGCUCUGAAUGCUUAAGAAAUUUUUCAACCUACUUAUAAUUUGCUUAGGAUGCUGGAUAUAUUAUAGUAGCUUUGAGACAUUCUGUUCUAACAACUAACAUUUUUUGUGUUCUAAUUUGUAUUUUAAUUUAAAGCUAUAUGGAAUUUUUAUGGACACCAAAAUUUAUGAGACUUCAAGACUUAUCGAAGAACAUCUUCAAUUUUCAGUCAGGUGGAAACAUGUUCAAGUACACAAUAAGUACCACAUAUUCUUGUGCUUGUCUAUAUAUAUAUAUAGACAAGAUAGAUAUAUUUUAUUACUAUUAUUAUUACAUACUAUUUAUAAAAAGUAA